GUUGUUUUGAACGUGGCAUUAGUCACCGCAAAUGGGUUUCCAGAAAAUCGCAGCCGUGCCGAAAUAAAUACUCACAUGAGGAGGCGUGAACGCAUGGUCCAGACCAGAAGACGUUACAGACAAAGCUUCGUCAGGUAAGAACAACAGUUGACGGAACAGACGGUUGAGGGAAUCUCCUAGCAGAGAGGAUCAUGGGAGGAGCCGUGGUAGAUGAUGAGCCUAGUGAUGUCAAGGCACCAGAUGGAGGGUGGGGCUGGGCAGUGCUCGCCGGGGGGUUCGUCAUCACUGGGUUCUCCUACGCCUUCCCCAAGGCCGUCAGUGUGUUCUUCAAGGAGUUGAUCAGGGAGUUCGGCGUGGGAUACAGCGACUGUGCAUGGAUUUCUUCUAUACUGUUGGCCAUGCUCUACGGCACAGGUCCACUGUGCAGUGUGCUGGUGAACAAGUUUGGGUGUCGGCCAGUGAUGAUGGUGGGAGGGCUCUUUGCCUCCUUGGGAAUGGUCCUGGCCUCCUUGGCCACCAGUAUCAUACACAUCUACAUCUGUACUGGAGUUAUAACAGGUCUUGGCCUGGCGCUGAACUUCCAGCCGUCUCUGAUCAUGCUGAAUCGUUACUUUAGUGAGAAGAGGCCUCUAGCUAAUGGACUAUCUGCUGCUGGGAGCCCUGUGGCCCUCUGCUGCCUCUCUCCUCUGGGACAGGUGCUGCAGUACCACUAUGGCUGGAGAGGCGGCUUCCUUAUCCUGGGGGGCCUGCUGCUCAACUGCUGCGCCUGUGGGGCCCUGAUGAGGCCCCUGGUGGGCCCCAAGAAGACCCAGGACCAGGAGUUGCAGGCUGUGGGUGAAGCAGAAAGAAAGCUCAAGCCUAAGAAAAAGCUCCUGGAUUUUAGUGUAUUUAAAGACAGAGGUUUCCUCAUCUAUGCCAUAGCUGCGUCCAUCAUGGUACUGGGCCUUUUUGUGCCGCCUGUGUUUGUGGUGAGCUAUGCCAAGGAGAUGGGGAAUGAAGACACCAAGUCUGCCCUCCUCCUCACCAUCCUGGGGUUCAUUGAUAUCUUCGCCCGCCCCACAUGUGGGCUGAUUGCGGGGAUGAAGUGGGUCCGGCCUAGAUGUGUGUAUCUCUUCAGCUUCGCCAUACUCUUUAAUGGCAUCACCGAUGUCAUCAGCUCACAGGCGACAGACUACCCUGGUCUGGUGGUGUUCUGUAUCUUCUUCGGGCUCUCUUAUGGGAUGGUGGGGGCGCUGCAGUUCGAGGUUCUCAUGGCCAUCGUGGGCACAAAGAAGUUCUCCAGCGCUUUAGGGCUGGUGUUGCUCAUGGAGGCUAUCGCUGUGCUGGUGGGACCGCCUGGAGCAGGUCGUCUGCUGGACGCCACACAUAACUACAUGUACGUGUUCCUGCUGGCUGGCUGUGAGGUCAUUCUGGCCUCCAUCGUCAUCUGCACGGGCAACUUCCUGUGCAUCAAGAAGAAGCCAGAUGAGCCUGAGGCCCAUCUAGAGAAUGGCGCCCCCAUAGAGAUGGAGAAGCUCAACAGCCUGCUGGAGGCGGAAGGAGGAGAGCAUGAGAGGGCGCAGCCGGUGGGGGUGAGGGGUGGCGCCGCAGAGGCAAAAUAGGGAGUGGAAAAGAAUGGAGGGGUGGGAAACCCAGAGACAGCUCUGUGAUGGAGAGAGAAGGGAUAUUUGUUAAUUGAUUUUUAGAGCGACUGACAAGCUUUUAUGAAACACUACCAAUAGGGACUAACAUAAGAAUACACACGCUGGCAGGGAUGAAGAGAAGGAUGGAUUGCAUUGUGCUGUACAUGUGUUGUAUGCUUUAAUAUACACAGCAAAUUGACCAGUGUUACCUUGUGCUUUUUCAGGGUAACAUUUUUGUUUUGAUUCUGGAGUAAAAUUAACUCUAAGGGUUAAAUUGACACUGAGUGGUGUAAUAGAACCCCAGUAUCUGUUAAUAACCGAUGUUGUGAACCAAAACCACAGCCAUCAUGUUUCCCAUAAUGUUCAAUGCAGGUGAUUUAAAAAAAAAAAAAAAAAAAAAAUGUUUGCGCGGAGGGGGUGUACAUUUAUUAAUGUUGUGCUACUCAAAUAUAAAUUCCAUACAUUUUUCUAAACUAAUCCAAUGUGUUACUUGGAUGUAUUGCACACAUUACUGAAAUGGUUGUCCAGUUUAAAUGCAUUUGAUACUCAUAUUUUAGUCUUCCCAACCCUGGCAGUCAUUCUGAAUAAAAGUUGAGUGAAUACAAAUUCCUAAUGUUGAUGUUCCCACUCUGGCUGAAUUCCAAUUGGAAUUACACAUUACUUUGCAAGCCAUCAUAAAUAUGAAUUUCAGGCCUGAUGUGGCCUGUAAACCAUGUGUUUCUGGCCACUGUAUUGGGGUAAAACUAGGCUCUCAACAUAAGGCCUUAUGAAGUAUGUAGAGUGGGGCAAAAAAGUAUUGUCAGCCACCAAUUGUGCAAGUUCUCCCACUUUAAAAGAUGAGAGGCCUGUAAUUUUCAUCAUAGGUACACUUCAACAGACAAAAUGAGGAGAAAAUCACCUUGUAGGAUUUUUAAUGAAUUUAUUUGCAAAUUAUGGUGGAAAAUAAGUAUUUGAAGUGUACCUAUGAUGAAAAUUACAGGCCUCUUUUAAGUGGGAGAACUUGCACAAUUGGUGGCUCACUAAAUACUUUUUUGCCCCACUGUAUUGUUAUAAAGAAUUACAUUUGAAUGAUAACAUUCACUUGGGAUCUCAUUUGGUGAAGGCCACAGGACUGAAAAAUGAAUGAAUGCAGCAACCAUGUCUGUUACUAACAAAUACAGGGUGGUGACUACAAUUCACUCAAGGCAAGGCAUCCUGCGAAGUAUGCAAAUAAUGCUUUACACUGUUAAUUUACCAUUGAAACUGUGGACCCAUAUUAACACUGUUGAUUUAAAACUGGAGAAUUUGCUGUAUACAGACCAGCAGGCACAGCAGGAGGAACACUAUUAAAUGUUAUCUAGAAUCGCACUGCCGCAAACACACACUGCUGUGCCCACAGUACACACACACACAUGCACUCCAGGCACCCAAUAGCGUA